AUGGAUACGUUGGGCUAUGACCCAUCGUCACCGACAGUGCCCAACUGCUCCUCUUCAAUAUCCGGCUCCCAGCAGGAGCAGCUGCCAAUAGCUGGCGCCGGAGCGCCCUGCGGCCCGCCGCCACCACCGGCAACCUACGCCACCUUUGCCGAGGCUGACGAGGGUAUCAAGGCUCAUGCCCUGAGCAACGGAUACAGCCUCACAGUCAAGGAGAUCUGGCCUCGAGGCGCUGACGCAACACCCGUUGCUAACGCAAUUAAUAUGCCAAAACUCUACCCAGUUUUCGAUAGCACCACGCUGUUCUACGAGUGGGUUUUCCAGGGGCGGAUUCUCCUCUGCUCAUGGGGGACAUUCUUCUAUCAGGAGGGGAUCUUUUUUGCUGUGAGGGAAGCUUCUAGCGCUGUGGGGGGACCUUCUUUUGCUAUGGGGGGUUCCUCAGACUGCUGUGUACUGGGAGUGGAUGCGCAACCGGUUCGACUCGCGCUGCACGCUUGGCCUGAUGGGGUGCCGGAGGUGUCCAUUCUCGAGCCCACUCCUGCGCCAGCUCCCCUCCUUGAGCCCACUCCGGCGCUAACCCCCGGCGAUGGCAUCGACCCCCUGGCGUUCCUCAUGCCCGACGGGCACUGCGGUCGGGGCCGCGUCAACGGGCAGGAAGGAAAAUGUCCACGAUCAUACCCGGCCCUAACCAGUCUCGCCGCUGCCCGCCACGGCAGUGUUGUUCUGAUGAUGCUGCAGAAUGGUGCCGCAAGUAGAUGA